GCUGCUGCUGCUGAUGGAGAGAUGACGACAGCGCCUCUCUUCCCGCUUCCUCCCGCUCCGUUACCGUGGCAACGCACAGAGAGCGUCGGUGUACCAGGAAAGGAAGAUGGAGGAGAGCACUGUUAGAGACGUCGACACUGGCAGUGAAGGUGGAGGAGAGGAUGCCUUGGUGGGGAACGUGAACAAGCUGAUGGUGAGCCCACCAGGUUACUCAGGAGCUCCACGAAGAGGGCAUCUGGUUUUUGAUGCUUGCUUUGAGAGUGGGAACCUUGGCCGUGUUGACUACAUCAGUGAGUUUGAGUUUGACCUCUUCAUCAGGCCUGACACCUGCAACCCCCGCUUCAGAGUGUGGUUCAACUUCACAGUGGAGAACGUCCGUGAGACACAGAGAGUCAUUUUCAAUGUGGUCAACUUCUCCAAGACCAAGAGCCUAUACAGAGAUGGCAUGUCUCCUGUAGUGAAGUCUACCAGCAGGCCAAAAUGGCAGAGGCUUCCAGCCAAAAAUGUGUACUACUACCGCUGCCCUGACCACCGACGCAACUAUGUCAUGUCCUUUGCCUUCUGUUUUGACCGAGAGGAUGACGUAUACCAGUUUGCUUACUGCUACCCCUACACCUACUCCAGACUGCAGCACUACCUGGCCAGCCUGGAGCGCAGGAACCUGCCCUAUCUGCAGAGGGAGCAACUAGGACUCAGUGUGCAACAACGGCGUCUAGACCUUUUAACCAUUACCAACUCUGACCAUCACCAGAGUCCAGAGAAGGAGAAGAAGCUGGUCUUUCUUACAGCUCGUGUUCACCCUGGAGAGUCUCCUGCCUCCUUCAUCUGUCAAGGUGUGAUUGACUUCCUGGUGAGCCAGCAUCCUGUGGCUCAGAUCCUAAGAGAUCAUGUGAUCUUCAAGAUCGUCCCCAUGCUAAAUCCUGAUGGAGUCUACCUGGGCAACUACAGGUGUUCUUUGAUGGGCUUCGACCUGAAUCGCCACUGGCAGGAUCCCUCUCCUUGGGCCCACCCCACGCUCCAUGCUGUCAAACAACUCAUAGUGCAGAUGAGCCAAGAUCCAAGAGUUAGUCUGGAGUUCUAUAUUGAUGUCCAUGCCCACUCCACUAUGCUGAAUGGCUUCAUGUAUGGCAAUGUGUUUGAGGACGAGGAGCGUGUCCAGAGACAGGCUGUCUUCCCCAGACUGCUGUGCCAAAAUGCGCCAGACUUCUCCUUUUCCAACACGUCCUUCAACCGGGACGUGGUGAAGGCCGGUACCGGUAGACGUUUCCUUGGCGGUCUCCUCGAUGACACGUCCUACUGCUACACUCUAGAGGUGUCCUUCUACAGCUACAUGACAGCUGGCAGCACUGCUCCUGUGCCCUACACCGAGGAGACUUACAUGAAACUGGGUAGGAACGUGGCUCGAACCUUCCUGGAUUACUACAAACUCAACAACCUCAUCAAGGACAACAGACCGACUCACAUUCAAAGUUCUGAAGUGAAGUCCCACACAGGCGGCGGUAAUGGAAAGGGCAAUGGUGUUGGCAGAGAUGCAGCAGACAGAGAGAGGGAGAAGAGCCAGGGCGUCAGGCACUAGACAGGCGGACAGACGGACGCAGACUGAGCAUGUAUAAAAUGCGGAGCACCGUAGCAGGAGGAUCCUUCACACUUCAUUGCCUUUAGAAGCUCCACAUCUCCCUGGCUAUAAAGACUUAUUUUCACAGAUUUGUCACAGUGGGAUGACUGGUACUUGCAGGACUGAAAUCAGAACAAGUUUCCUCCUGGGUUAUCUGACUAUAGACUAUAAAAUAUGUGUGACUAUAAAAUGUGAACUAUUGAAGAAGACGGACUGGUUAUGCACCUAAACUCCAUCUGAGGCCUUCAUUCAGUAGCUCCUUUUUUGUUUAUACAGUUAUAAAUAAAUGCAUGCUUCCCCUCUG